ACAUCCACUAAACAAGAGCAAGAGCUAUGACGUCAGAGUAGUUGACCGUACGACGCAUUCGAGCACAGAUGUUACGUCACUGGCGGCUCUCUCGUUCCCCUGCUUUGACCACAUGCGCUUAAUUAAGCCCGUUGGUUCGUUUUAGUUUAGUUUUGCUUCGCCUGGCGUAAACGCCAUUUACGCCUGGCAGCGGUAGCUGCGAGUUAGCUUUAGCCAAUGUGAGAAUAUUUUUUGGGGGGACGACCAGUCGACGUUCAACGCCGCCUAAUAAAGAGCGGACGGCAAUUUUGACAACUGAGUUGAUGACACUAACCAUUUUUGGGCAUUUGGAGGUUAACUUAUUAAUGCUGAAGCAUGCCCAAAAAGAAAGGCAACAUUCCAAGAAGCAAGGCAUUUACUUCCAAAAUGGCGCUGAAUUGCGUACAGCUGACACCGGAUGGCAGACAGCGCCUCAAUCUCAGUUUCAAGGCGUUGGAUGCAGUUCCAGCAUGCAUCCAGAGUCUGUGCCGAGUGGAUGAACUGAUCCUGAGCAGGAACCUCAUCAUCAGCCUCCCGGACUUUAUUCAUGAUUUUAUCAACAUCCAAGUUUUGGACCUGCACAGCAACUAUCUGGAGCAGAUCCCUCCGUCCCUCGGCCUCCUGAAGAACCUGGUGAUUUUGAAUUUGUGCAACAACCGUCUAACGCAAGUCCCCAAGGAGCUAGGCCUUCUGCAGAACCUCCAGAUGCUUUACAUGGGCCUCAACCGUCUUCAAAUGCUUCCCACCGCCAUUGGUAACUUGAAGGAGCUCGUUUAUAUCGGCCUCUCUGACAACAAAUUUGCUUCUGUGCCCAAGUGCCUCGCACAGCUCCAAAAGCUGGAAAAAGUCAACCUGGACAGAAAUCCCUUUCCCCCGCCCCCCGGCGAGAAGAAAGUUGAAAUCCCAAGGAAGUUUCACCUGGCUCAUGCAUGCGACCUAUGCGAAAACUGCCUUAAUAACUGCAGAACAGAUAGAAGAAAGCUUGUGGAAGCAACACAAAUUAAGGAACCCACUACAGGGCAUGUGGCAUGAGUUGAAAUAGUUAUCUUAAAUUCAGACCCGUAUCGGCAGCCCGAACAUUCCCCAUUGGAGCAAUCCAGGUUUGACAGCAUUAGCGGCAAUUGGGCACAGCUGGAGUUUAGGAGUGGAGGGCGCUUUUGUUGAGUCUUGACGUCAGCCUGGAACAUGAGCCAGGUACUGUUUGUGCACCCUCAAAUAAGGUUUGUGGCCCAAAUCAGCGCUAUGGGGUUGAUCCAGACAUCAUCUAGUCAAGGAGUCUACAGAGGGAUUGUCUGAAUAAGUGCAAAGUGUAAAAUACAAAUUGAGUGACGAUGUGUAUCGCUGCAGGAUUUACCUUCCUACUGUAUGUAAGUGGUUCUCAGAAUUUUUAAACCAAGUACUACCUCAAAAAAUACGGAACUCUUUAAGUACGACCAUAAUCACCAACAUAAAAACACAGUAGCAUAGUAGGCCCAAGUCUUCAUCAAAAACAAGACAGAGGUUUUAUUCCUGAAAAAAUCUAUUUCAUAUUAUUGUAAGCCACUGUAACAAUAUGCAGUUUGAACAUCAACACUGUGCUUAAAUAUAGGAAAAUAUUUUUAAAAUUACAACUAUGAUUCAAUAAAAAUGGAUAUUCAAUUUUUAAAAAAAAUUCUUAAAGAUUAAAUGCGGAGGGAUUGAUUUUAAGUUAAAUACAACUGAAUUGUAUUUAGGCAGGGAUUCUUUCACAUACCAGAUGAGAGAGACCGCAUACCACACUGAGAAUCACUGCUGUAUUUCAUGCAGAUAAAUGUGGCAAUUUUAACGCGUUUGUGUUCAAAACAUUCAAAUGUUUGUUUCUCAUUUGUCAAUUGCAGUCGGUGACCUCUUACAUCUCCAUCUUGUGACAUAGAUAAUCCAAUGCAUACAUUUGCCAUUCAAAGGUUUCUCAGUAAAUUAGAAUAUCAUGUAACAUCUAAUAAUUAAUUUCAGUACUUUAGGUCAAUUCAAAAAGUGAAAUUCAUAUUAUUCACUACACAGGCUUCACACAGUGAGAUAUUUCAUGAUUUCAUUUUGUAAAAUGUUUAUGAUUAUAGUUUCCAGCUAAUGGAUACCCACAAGUCUCCAUUUCAAGAAAUUACAAAAGAACAUGAGAAACAAUGCAAAUAAUUUGUA